UUUUCCCAGCUUGUAGGUAAAGCCAAAUACAGCCAAAAUGUCGAGCAAAUGUCGCACCAAGGGAAAGAUCACCAAGAAACGCCCUCAGCGGGCAACCUCCAAUGUCUUCGCUAUGUUCGAUCAGUCGCAGAUUCAGGAGUUUAAGGAAGCGUUCAACAUGAUCGACCAGAACCGCGACGGCUUCAUUGAUAAGGAGGAUCUUCAUGACAUGCUUGCUUCUCUUGGGAAGAACCCAAAAGAUGACUAUUUGGAGGCAAUGAUGACAGAAGCUCCUGGGCCCAUAAACUUCACUAUGUUUCUCACGAUGUUUGGAGAGAAGCUUAACGGCACAGACCCGGAGGAAGUCAUCCGUAAUGCGUUUGCCUGCUUUGACGAGGAAGGAACAGGCUUCGUUCAUGAGGACUACCUGAGGGAGCUGCUGACCACUAUGGGUGAUCGAUUCACAGACGAAGAGGUCGACGAGCUUUUCAGAGAAGCGCCCAUCGAUAAAAAGAGCAACUUCAACUACGUGGAGUUCACCCGUAUUCUUAAACACGGAGCCAAAGACAAAGACGAUUAAACAAACAAAACGCCCCGCAUCCUCUU